AUGAGCGCCGAUCGGUUCCAAGAGCUUCGAGUGUUCCCUUUACUCCUCAAGGAAGACGGUGGUCUGUUGCUCCUUCUAUCCGGUCCCCUGCAUAAUAUUGGCGCCCGUGUUUGCGCACCUGAUCCAAUAGGCGAUAUUUGUUUUGUCUACACACGGGAUGCAUUACGCAUCAAAGUUUGGGUGAUACAAUAG